GGCGUCUCUCUCAGUCUUAUUGCCGGUAUAUCCAGAAGUCAACGCCUUCGUGAAGUCUCCACGCUCCGUUUUUCGUUCCAUCUGAGACACGUACAACGAACCCGUUUACAGCCCCGCCGCCUACACUUUAAUGAUCACAUCUUCAUUCCACGCACAGACAUCAGACAAGGCGCAUGACCAGUUUGCACAGUACGCCGCGAUGGAUCUGCCAGGCCCGCGCUACCACGACCCCAAAAACUCGGACUUGAUCGACUGGAUGAUCUUUUCCGAGUUGCUCACGAUGGAUGAGGAUGAAGAGGACUUCUCAAAGUCGUUGAUACUUACAUUUGUCGAACAGGCUAACACAAUCUUUGCUGAUCUCGACGCCGCGCUAGCGCCUGAGGCAAACCCAAACUCGGACGAGAAUUUAAAGAAAAUUUCGAAUAUGGGCCACUACCUCAAGGGCAGCGCGGCCGCCUUGGGUUUGCAGAAGGUGCAGAGUGAGUGUGAGCGCAUCCAGAACUACGGUGCUAAGCACAGCUUUGACGGUUUGUGUGUACCAGGCCAGUGGAGCGACAGCAUUCGCGACGCCGUGGAGAAGUGCAAGAUGGAGUUCCACAACGUCAGAAUCUUGUUGAGCAACUACUACCAAGACCAGUUGUAACCCAUUGCAUUUCUGAAGCCCAAGGUUAGCUAGCUCCGUGGAGGUUACGAGUUUUCAUCUGUUUGUGGUUCCCGGGAUAAAUUAUGCAUUUCACCGGGACAUAACCCUCAUCCUCUUAAUCCGCUUUCUUUUCCGGUCCGUCUACCGAAUAAAUGUUUACGCUAAAAAGAAGCCUCUACCGUCAUUAGCGUUCAAAUAUGACUGGGAAAUAGCUCUGCCUGAUGGUUUUGUAUCAAACCGUGAUUGUAUUUCGGUUGGUCACAGUCUUAAGGCUACCGUGUUAAACCCAUUUACCCAUUUCUUGGAUACUUUGCGGUCUAUCUCGUAAAUUCCCACGAAUUUAUGGCACUAUGCUAAUAUUCAGUGGAACCGGCGUGUGCAUCCACCGAAAUCAGUUGUACCUAGAUAUACCGAUAUAAAUUAAAUAAAAGUUGGAAUAUAUAUAUAUUGAACCUUGGC